UCUCUCUCUCUCACUCUCUCUCUGUCCAAAAUUUCACUUAUCCCCCCCUCUCUCUCUCCUUCCGAAGACCCAAGUCCCAAGUCCAACGUACCCCUAAAUCUAUGGACCCACCGCCCCCUCCAUAUUCAAGUCCGCAUCUUUAUCCACCGCCCGUCACCGCCCUUUCCGCCGUCCCAACCAUCACCCCCGCCGCCGUCGAAGCUCACAAUUAUAACAUUAUCACCGCUACCCAUGUGGCUGCCAACCCCACCCCUGCUCCGAACCCUACUCCCAAUCACCCUCCUUACGCCGAGAUGAUAUACGGAGCGAUAACGGCGUUAAAGGAGAAGGACGGGUCGAGCAAGAGAGCGAUAGCGAAGUACAUAGAGCGAGUUUACUCGGGGCUUCCGGCGACUCACUCGGCCUUGUUGACUCACCACCUUAAGCGCUUGAAGAACAAUGGUCACCUCCUUAUGGUCAAAAAGUCGUACAAGCUUCCUGGAUCUGAGGGUUCCGUUCCCCCUCCUCCUACUUCAGCUGCUGAUGCUGCCGGCACGGCGGCGAUUCCCUCUCCCGGGCCCGCAAGAGGCCGCGGCCGCCCUCCCAAAAACAAGCCCAUUUCUGACCAGCCUAAUUCCCAACAACCCAUUUCCCAGCAAUUCAUUCCCUUUCCCCAGCAGCACCAGCAGCAGCAACCUAUUCCAAUUCUCCAGCUGCCCACUUCACAGCAACCCAAUCCGAUUCCCCAGCAGCCCAAUUCCUACCACCAACAACCCAUUCCCAUUCCCCAGCAGCUCAAUUCCCAUCCCGUCCCAGCUGAGCCCAAUUCCCAGCCCAUGCUAGUUGCUCUCGGACUUGCCGACGAGCCAGGGUCGGAGAAGAGGCGCCCAGGUCGGCCGCGUAAGGUGGUUGUGGGUGCUGGAGUCGGACAAGCUGUGGGCAGCCCGGUGUCUGGCAAGCGGGGCCGGGGUCGUCCGCCUGGCACCAGGUUGCCAAAGAAGAAGGCUGGGCGUCCUCCCAAGCCAAAGUCCGUGUCUGCUGUUGGAGGCCCUAACGGACUUGCGAAGAGGGGCCGCGGGAGGCCCUCGAAAGCUGAGCCAAAGAGCGUGUACUUUCCGUACGCCACCAAUGUGCCUAUCAUUGGUGCAUUUGAGCAGAACAAUGUGCCCAAUGUGGUGGCGCCACAGCAACCGCAACUGGGGGCAAAGCGCAGAGGCCGGCCCUCCAAGAAGAAGGAAGAAGCUGCUUCUGCUGCGACUGUGCGUGUUGGUGGUUUGGUGCCCGGUAAGCGUGACCGGCCACCUGGGCUGCCUGGAAUAGAGCGGCCCUUGAGAAAGAGUGGAAGACCCGUUGGCAGGCCCAGGAAGAAUGCAUUGGCUGAAAUAACUGAAGCGCCUGAUCCAAAAUCGGUUGCCAAUGGAGAAUUUAAGAGGAAACUUGAGUACUUUCAAUUCAAAGUGGGACAGGCUGUUGGUGCGCUAAAACCUUACUUAACCCCUGAAAGCGCAGGCACUGCCAUUGCGGCAAUCCAAGAAUUAGAAGGGCUUGCAACCAUGGACAUUAACACCCCAUUAGAUAUUGAAGCUCAGCAGCCACCUAUGCUCCAAAGUUGAGAAAGCCUUGCUGAUGUACCUGUUAGAGAAAAUGAAGGGCACAUAAGAGGUAAAUUAAGGGUCUGUAAAUCGAAUAGGAGGUUAGCAUAACUGUCUUUAUUGGUAGAGAUGAUGACCUUGUCCAUUAAGUUAAGUUUGUUGUUGUUGUGCAAUUUUAGAAUGACCCAUGACUCGUUUUGUGUUCUUUCGACUUUGUGAUUUCAAUUCAAUUUGAGAAGUAUUUGGUCA